CUUAGGCCCGCGCCCGCCGAGGCCCCAGGAGGCCCCGGCCCGGCGGCGGCGGCAGCCAUGGCCGGGGGGCCGGGCCCUGGGGAGCCUGUGGUUCCCGGCGCCCAGCACUUCUUGUACGAGGUGCCACCCUGGGUUAUGUGCCGCUUCUACAAAGUGAUGGACGCCCUGGAGCCCGCCGACUGGUGCCAGUUCGCGGCCUUGAUUGUGCGCGACCAGACAGAGCUGCGGCUGUGCGAGCGCGCCGAGCAACGCACAGCUAGCGUCCUGUGGCCCUGGAUCAACCGCAACGCGCGCGUGGCUGACCUCGUUCACAUCCUCACGCACCUGCAGCUGCUGCGUGCGCGGGACAUCAUCACAGCCUGGCACCCUCCUGCCCCUGUUCUACCCCCAAGCACCACUGCUCCAAGGCCCAGCAGCAUCCCUGCAGGCUCCGAGGCUGAGGACUGGGGCCCCCAGAAACUGCAGUCCUCUUCCUCCACCUUCCUCUCCCCAGCUUUUCCAGGCUCCCAGACCUGUUCUGAGCUUGAGUUCCUCCCGGUUCCAGUCCCUGCUUCCUUCAAGCCACCACUGCCAUCUUCAGCCCCGUCCUCUACCAAGCCAAGCCCAGAGAGUCCAGUGUCUGGCCUCCAAAGGACACAUCCCUCCCCAUUUUGCUGGCCCUUCUGUGAGAUUUCCCAAGGCACCUGCAACUUCUCUGAAGAGCUCAGGAUUGGAGAGGGUGGUUUUGGAUGCGUGUACCGGGCAGUAAUGAGAAAUACCACAUAUGCUGUGAAGAGACUGAAGGAGGAGGCUGACCUAGAGUGGACUGUGGUGAAACAGAGCUUCCUAACAGAGGUGGAACAGCUGUCAAGGUUUCGUCACCCAAAUAUCGUAGACUUUGCUGGCUACUGUGCAGAAAGUGGCUUCUACUGCCUUGUUUAUGGCUUCCUGCCCAAUGGCUCCUUGGAGGAUCAACUCCACCUUCAGACCCAGGCCUGCUCUCCACUCUCCUGGCCUCAACGACUGGACAUUCUUCUGGGCACAGCCCGGGCUAUUCAGUUUUUACAUCAGGACAGCCCCAGCCUCAUCCAUGGAGACAUCAAGAGUUCUAAUGUGCUUCUGGAUGAAAGACUGAUGCCCAAGCUGGGAGACUUUGGCCUGGCUCGUUUCAGCCGCUUUGCAGGGGCCAACCCAAGCCAGAGCAGUACUGUAGCCCGGACUUGCACAGUACGGGGUACCCUCGCCUACCUGCCUGAGGAGUACAUCAAGACAGGCCGGCUGGCUGUGGACACGGAUACCUUCAGCUUUGGGGUGGUAAUACUGGAGACCCUUGCUGGCCAGAGGGCUGUGAGGACACAAGGUACCAGGACCAAGUAUCUGAAAGACCUGAUUGAAGAUGAGGCUGAAGAGGCUGGAGUGGCCCUGAAAAGCACCCACCCCACUCUACAGGUGGGUGUGGCCACAGAUGCUUGGGCUGCUCCAAUCGCUGCCCAGAUCUACAAGAAGCACCUGGACUCCAGACCUGGACCCUGCCCACCACAAUUGGGCCUGGCCCUGGCUCAGCUAGCUUGUUGCUGCAUGCACCGUCGGGCCAAGAAGAGGCCCCCCAUGACCCAGGUGUACAAGAGGCUAGAGGGGCUACAGGCAGGGCCUCCUUGGGAGCUAGAGGUUGCUGGCCAUGGCCCCCCUUCCCCACAGGAGAACUCCUACAUGUCCACCACUGGCUGUGUCCAGAGUGGGGGUGAACCAUGGCAGCCUCUGGUAGUGCCCACAAGAGCCCCAGGCCAAACUGCCCAGCAACUCCAGAAAAGCCCCAACCAGCCAGUGGAGAGUGAUGAGAGUGUUCCCGGCCUCUCUGCUGCCCUGCACUCUUGGCACUUGACUCCAGAUUGCCACCCAAGCCCAUCAUCCUUCAGGGAGGCUGGCUGUACCCGUGGGAGCACCACUAGAGAAUCAAGUUUGAGGAGUGGCCCAGGCUUCUGGCCCACAACCAUGGAAGGCACAUCCAUGAGCAGCUCCUCCUCCCUGUCAUCAGAGCCACCACAGAUCAUCAUCAACCCAGCCCGACAGAAGAUGGUACAGAAGCUGGCCCUGUAUGAGGAGGGAGUCUUGGAUAGCCUGCAGCUGCUGUCAUCAGGCUCUUUCCCAGCACAUUCCUUCUAUCUGAGAGUACCAGUGUCCUCCCUCAUGCUCCCAGAAAAUGUGAAGUCCCAGCAGGAAUUUUCCACUCCAGGCUUGGAUUUAGAACCUAAAAACAGACAGGGGCCUGAAGAAAGUGACGAAUUUCAGAGCUGAUUUAUUCACCCAGGCAUAUCCCUCAGAUUCAGAUGUCAAAGUUCUCAUGGUUGGAAGUUCUCAUGAUGUGCAACCUCCUCAGUAGCCCAAAGGCAUCAGGUGUGGGGCCUACCCUGGCGAAGGAGAAAGAGUGGUGGACCUGCUGUUCUCAGGGUGUGAACACAGGCAGGGCCAACUGAAGAGCCUGCUAGAAGCUGAUAGGGCAGGCCAUCUCAGGCCAGCAUUUGGGAGCAAGGCAAGCAAAACACCUAAAGGGUGGGGUAGUACAUGGCAGAAGACUGCUAGUUACACAGGCCCCAUGGAGGCAAGUAGGGCUCUGUGUAUGGUGGGAGCUGGCUCCCUUGAGAGCUAGACAAGGUAUCUGCAGCCCAGGCCUGCAAUAACUGUUAGUCCAUCCCUCUGAACUUCCCUAGAGCCCCAAGAGAAAGUAGCUAUUGUCCUUGUAAAUUGCAAAAAUGAGUGUCUUACAGUUCAGUCCACUAGCUGGAAGUAAGCACUCUGAGAGUCUCCCAAGAGUCCAGUAGAACCUCCUCCCAAUCUUGGGUGGGUAUGUGCAGGCCUUACCAGAUACCUGUGAGCUGGUUUCAUGUGAUUGCCCACUAGGCAGAUUAUCCCAAGACCCUGCAGGUGAGCUGUGGAUGCCCCAGAUUGAGCUGUAGACCAAGAUACUGGUUGUGGCAGAAAGGUCUAGCAAAGCCAAGCUUUGUGGUACCCAGACAGUGAGAAGCCCAAAAAGCAGCAACUUAGAGCAAAGCAGAAAUUAUUUGAAGAGGGAGGAAGGCUCCAUUUUAAGAAGCAAGUUUUUGUGUCACCAAGUGUCUUCAGAAGUAACCCAGGGUUAUAGCCCAGGCUUACAGUGAUUCUAUGUUCGAGUCACAAGUCACACUACAUGCCUCUGUGAAGCACUGGUAACAUCCAAUUUGUCCUUGAAUAAAAUAAAAGUGCAUUUCACUGUCUGGUUAAA